CCGGGUGACGCACGUGCGCGCGCCCCCGCGCGCUGUUGUUCGCUCGCUCCCGCGCCGCCUGCCCGUGCCUGCCUGUCGGCGGCGGGGCGCGCGCGGCGUGUGGGGCUGGCACGCGCGCUGUUGUUAUUGGUGCCGCCGGCCGCGGCGGAGGGAGGGGGAGCGGACGCCUCAGUCAGUGAGUUCUUUAAAGAUGGCCGGAGCGGUGGCGGCUGCCGCCGCGACCCCCGUGUACUGCGUGUGCCGGGAGCCUUACGACGUGAGCCGCUUCAUGAUCGAGUGCGACAUCUGCAAGGACUGGUUCCACGGCAGCUGUGUUGGGGUAGAGGAACACCAUGCUGUUGACAUUGAUCUAUACCAUUGUCCCAACUGUGCAAUUCUCCAUGGACCUUCUUUAAUGAAGAAGAGGAGGAACUGGCACAGACAUGACUACACAGAGUUGGAUGAUGGUUCCAAACCGGUGCAGGCUGGAACACGGACCUUUGUUAAACAGCUGCGGGCUCGCUCUUUCCCAAGUGCUGAUGAAGUCAUUCUGAAAAUGCAUGGAAGCCAGUUGACACAAAGAUACUUGGAGAAACAUGGGUUUGAUGUUCCCAUUAUGGUUCCUAAAUUAGAUGGUCUGGGGCUCAGACUUCCUCCGCCAACUUUCUCCGUUUUAGAUGUGGAACGCUAUGUAGGUGGCGACAAAGUGAUAGAUGUAAUAGAUGUAGCAAGACAAGCGGACAGUAAAAUGAAGCUCCAUAAUUAUAUUAAAUAUUUCACAAAUCCUGAGCGACCAAAAGUAUUGAAUGUGAUCAGCCUGGAAUUCUCGGACACAAAGAUGUCUGAAUUAGUGGAAGUACCGGAUAUUGCCAGAAAACUUUCAUGGGUGGAAAAUUAUUGGCCAGAUGAUUCUGUCUUCCCUAAGCCUUUUGUUCAGAAGUAUUGCUUGAUGGGUGUCCAGGACAGCUACACCGAUUUUCAUAUCGAUUUCGGAGGAACAUCAGUUUGGUACCAUGUUCUCUGGGGUGAGAAGAUAUUCUAUUUGAUCAAGCCCACUGAUGAAAAUUUGGCUCUAUAUGAGUCUUGGAGUUCAUCUGUCACCCAGAGUGAAGUAUAUUUUGGGGACAAGGUUGACAAAUGUUACAAAUGUGUUGUGAAGCAAGGACACACUUUAUUUGUUCCAACAGGCUGGAUUCAUGCUGUCCUCACAUCUCAGGAUUGUAUGGCUUUUGGAGGAAACUUUUUGCACAACCUCAAUAUUGGCAUGCAGCUCAGGUGUUACGAAAUGGAGAAGAGGCUAAAAACCCCGGAUCUUUUCAAAUUUCCUUUCUUUGAAGCCAUCUGUUGGUUUGUGGCCAAAAACUUACUGGAAACAUUAAAAGAACUGAGGGAAGAUGGUUUCCAGCCUCCAAGCUAUUUAGUGCAAGGAGUGAAGGCUUUACUUACGGCUUUAAAAUUAUGGAUGAAAAAAGAACUUGUAACAGAACAUGCCUUUGAAAUUCCAGACAACAUUAGGCCUGGGCAUCUGAUAAAAGAGCUCUCAAAAGUGAUUCGUUCUGUAGAGGAGGAAAACAGCAAACUAGUUAAAACUCAGGGAAUUCUUGGUGUGUGUCCAACUUCACGGUCUUUGCAUGAAACAACUUCCCCUCACCACUCCAGACGAAGGGUGAGGAAACUGCGAGACCAUGCUACCAAAACUCCUUCUAAUCUGGACAUCCUGGAACUCCACACCAGAGAGGUACUGAAAAGGCUGGAGAUGUCACCGUGGGAGGAGGAUACAGCAAGCUCGAAACUGAACGGGAGAUUUAACAAGCCGUUUCAGCCAUCUUCUACAGUACCUGAAUGGCGAACAAAAGACAAUGAUCUUCGCCUUCUGCUGUCAAAUGGAAGAAUAAUUAGAGAUGAGAGACGCCCAUUUACAGAUCGAAGUCUUUACACAGCAGAUAGUGAAGAUGAAGAUGACAGGACAAGGUCGAAAAAGACAACUGUUAAGGUAGAAGACCAGCCCUCAGGACUUGAAGGAGAAGGGAAUUCAGAUGCCCAGAAACCACUGAACAUGUUCUUUGAAAGUGUGAAAUCAGAACUCAGGAAUGGAUCCUCAGAGUACUCUGAUAUUUCUGAUUCAGAAGAAUCUGAGCCUGAUUGCACUACACAGCAGAAGGAUUCCUCCACAGAGGAGUCGGAAAGCUCAGGUGAUGAAGAGAAACAGGAAGUAACAUCAAAUUUCAAAGAGGAAUCCAAGGUCACGAGACACCUUUGUCAAAAUACCCAGAAGCCAUCCAGAAAUGAAACUCCCAGUAAAAAGGAAUGUCCUACCUCGACAAGUACAGAAGAAGAAGCUAUUCAGGGCAUGCUUUCUAUGGCAGGAUUGCACUAUACUACAUGUUUACCAGGUCAUACUCAAAGCACAGACUGCACAGAUAAAAGAACCUCUCUUCAGGAACACAAAAGCUACCCCAGGAGUCGGCAUAAAGACAGACAGCCAUCUCAGAGCUACAAAACAACAGAAUGUGGUAGGUCUGUGAAGGAAGAGGAAGGAGAGUUGGGGACUUCAGCAUGGGCCAGACAACUGAAUGAAGCUUCGAGGAUUACCCCUCAGGAUCCAAGUAAAACUCAAAAGUAUAUCAAGAAAGAGGGUGCAUCAGAAGCCAAUCAUAAGGUUCAGGAAAACAGAAGUAUAGUCCACAACAACAGCUUGAGUUUUCAGCAUGGCAAGUAUACACGAGACUCCAGUCUAAUUCAAGGAGAAUGUCGGCUGAGUGAUGGCAGCCUUAGCCCUGACAGGCCAUAUGGUGAAACAUCCUUGUCUGUACCACUUCACCCAACAAAGAGGCCAGCAUCAAAUCCACCCCCUAUCAGCAACCAGGCGACAAAAGGCAAACGUCCAAAGAAAGGAAUGGCAACUGCUAAACAGCGCCUUGGGAAGAUCUUGAAGCUGAACCGGAAUGGCCAUGCACGCUUCUUUGUUUAAUGUAGCUGCUACUUCUACUACUGCUGUCUUUCCUACACAGACCAGUAUCGAGGUCAACAGAGCCUGGAGCUGCUGUUAUUCCUCUGCUUGAAGCAGACUUGCAUGUACCAUAUAUAAAACACUGCCUGAUGAACAAAAAUGAGAAAGAAAGAGAAAAAACAAAAAACAAACAAAAAAAAACCCAACCCAAUGCUGCAUUUUCACUGUGCCACACCUGCUCAGCAAUAACCAUACAGGAAUGGGGAAAUCUUCAGAGAGACAUGGACUGUGAGAAAUAGUCUCUCAUCAGGGCUUGAAUAUCAUUUGUUGCUGGUAGUUUCUGACCUAAUUAAUGAGGGGAAGAUGAUGAAGGUGGUUUAUCGAUAAUUUAUUUCUGAUAGAUUUUGACAACUUUUAAAUUCAUUUAAAAAACCUAUUUAUUUGGAAGACUUUUUUUGUGGGGGUUAUUAAUUUAGAUUUAAGAAUGUGAAAGUUUUUAAUUGUUUUGAUAAUGUAUGUUUGGUGCAGUGGAGAGCCACAUUAAUUGUGAUUAGUCUGGACUCCUAAAUUUGAUAUUCAGGUUAUAGUCUUAAAUAGGGGUGAGAUACAUUAUUAAUUAUUUUUUAAAUUAAGGCAUAUGGAAUCUUUUUUUUUUUUCCUGCUUUUUGUAAGCUAUUGGCUGGGCUUCUGUUGACUUGCAAGUUGCAUAUUCUCUGCCAGCUUGAUUAUUUUUUGACCUGUCCUCUUCAAUACAGAUUUAUUUAUUUGAUGGACUAGAAGAGACUCCUAAAGACAGAAGGAUCUUGUUAUGUCAGUCCAGUAGCUAACUUGUCUUAAACUGUACCCCUUUCCUCCAAAUUGAAGCGCAUACUUUUCCUCCUGAUGAUCUGUCUGAUGAUUUUCUUCUGUAAAAAGGCUCCCUGAAAUUGCAUUUGUACAGGUUAUUUAAGAGUUGGUACAAAGGAGGGAAACCUUAUGUAUCUAUCUUUUUGGAGGAGUGGGGACAUCAUUUAAGAUAAAUGUUUCUUCAGAACAAUUACUCUGAAAUAACUUCGUAAGAUAUACAUUGCAGUCUUAAGAUUUGUCAUAUUACUUAAUGUAGCAUGGAAGAAGCAUUAAAAUACUAAUAGUAUACUUUAAACACAUUUUACUGAAGAGUCAGGAAGGCAGGAGAAUGUGUGUUGCUUUCAAAGCUGGGUGAGACAGCCAAUUAAAACUCUUAACUGGUGCAUAUAUAAGCAUUAAGUAGCUUACUGGUAUCAGAAUGAUCAUUUGUGUCAGGCUUCAUACAGAGCUGAUAGCAAAUGCCGAUUCUGAAUUAUUGUAAAUAAUUUUGAUUUUAAAUUUGUAUUUUUCUGUAAUAUAAAAUUAAAUAUUUAACUUUUAGGGGAUGGGGAUGAUGGUGGAAAGGUGAAUACUUUUACUUGAUUCUGGAAAAAGGGCAUUUUGCAGGGUCCAGCCAAAAUGUAAACAUUAAUAUGCUAAUGACAACAAUAUUCUUGGUUGUUCAGGCUUUUUUUUUUUUGUUGCUAAGAGUAAAAAUACUAAGGCAUAGCUAUCCAAGUCAUUGAAUUGAUUUAACUUGACAUACCAGUUUUUCCUUUCUCCAUAUUCUAUACUGGAAUCAUUCUCUCUUGAUGUGGUUUAAAAACAAAUGCAGUUGGACUUUCCAGAAUAUUUGUGCAGAAUUAUUUUUAUCUAGCCUAGAUUAUGAAUGCCUUUACAAAUUUAUGGAAGUAGUUCUGAUGUCAGGUGGUUUUGAUUGUUGCAGGGUCAAAACUAUUUAGCAGUAUGUUGUCCUGUUUCUAAGUUGAGAAACAUCAAAACAAUGCAACUGCAAAUAAGUCAGGUAGCUUUCAUGGCUUUACUUCCUCUGGAGCUUGAAAAUUAUGAUUGAGGAGUGGUUGUUUGCAGCCCUGCUUUUACAUUGUAUUGACUUGAGUUUAUAGUUUUGUGUGUGUGCAUAUGAGUGAAUUUUUUUAACCUUUUUGUUGUUUGCGAAUUAUGGUUUCACAAAAGCAUGUUUUCAGUCUUUUUUAAUUUAUUUUUUUUUUAAUUUAAUGCAAGCUCUCAACCUUGUUUAGAUUAUUGGGAACGGAGUUAAAAGAUUUCUAAAAAGCAGAAGAUAAGCUAAGAGGUACUUACUCUACAGGUGCUGAAAGUGACUAAAAGUACUUGCUGUUCUCAGGUGCUAUGUUUUCCAGAUGGAAAUCGUUAAAAGACAAUAUUUUAACUAUCUUCUAAAAUGUUCACACCAAAGUCAGUCAAAGAAAUAAAUUAUGUUGUCAAUAUUAGUUAAAAUUAUAUACUCAUAAAUAUUCUCUGUGCUUAAGCAAAUGGAUUAAUGCCUGCCAGGCUUUGGAAACUGUUUCAGCUUUAGCGUAUUGAACCAAACUGUUUCCUUGUUGCUGGCUGUAUAGUUUUUAAGAAUAGAAAAUUCCAGUUUAGGGCAGCAAUCAGAUUCAGAGCAGAAUGAAGAAUGUGCUCUCUCUCCAUAAAGGCAGAUUUUUGAGAACACUUACCUGAAGUAGAAGUAUGCCAGAAUAGAAUCUGGAGUAAGGAAUUUUAAAAUAUGGAGUAUGCUUUCUUGUACAUGUGAGUGGCUUAUACAAAGUCUCUUUUCUGACCGUCUGCAUUAUUUGUCUGUAUCUUACUAUUGGAACACAGAUGUGGCUGGACCCAUAUAUAUUAUUUCUUCUUGGUUUUAUUCUUUCUUUAUUCUACUUUCUACCUUUUUUUUCAAAGUGGCUCUCCACUGUCAUGAAUUUAUGUAAUAGUCUCUUCACAGGCUGUCAACAGGAAGAGGUUCAUUCCCAUUUUCUUCAAAUAUCCAUACUUCCAGCAGAAGUUAAUUCUGAUGUUCCACAUCAGAACAAGUAAUUUAAAAGAAAUUGCCAUGAUGAGCGGUAUUUAAAAAAUUUUUAAAAAAAGAAAAAAAGGAAAAAAAAAGUCUCCUGGUAGCUCAUGAAGAGGAUGUGGUGACCUCACUUGUUUUGUGUACUUGUAUGUAGGGAUAUUUUUAUUGUGUUCUAGAUGAAAACACUACUGCACCAAUCUUUCUGUAGAUGGACUGAACUUUGUGUUGUUGUAGUGGACAAAAAAAGCCCUGUUUUUCCCUUGCUGUCUCACCUGGGGUGGAAGAGGGAGGGAGUAGGGAACGGUGACUGGACAACAAAGAGAAUUAAGCCUGCUAUGGUAACUUGUUUUCAAGGAUAACCUUUUUUGAAAAGUCAGAGAACUUGGAUUUGGCAUAAAGCUUUUUUUUUUUUUUUUUUUGUAGACAGAACAAUAGGAAAUGAAAUACUGUAGGGGUUUUCCCAUUCUCUAAGUUCUCACGUUCCUGCAAUUGAAAAAAAACCAACAAACAAACAUGAAAAUGGAAAGACCACCUAGAAACUAUAUCAAAGACUCUUCCAGCAACUUUCCCUUUUCUUCUCCUACUAUACUUGCUAAUAAACCCUUGCUACAGGGUAGCCUUUGUUGACCUCUGAGGUAGAUGACCUAUGCAACCUAUAAUACUCUACAUUAAUCCAUUCUUAAAGACAAUUUUGAAAGGGUUAGAUGUUGAGAGUUAAAAUUGUUGCUUUCUGAUCACAUGGGGGUUUUGUUUUUUUGGUGGUUGAAGUGCUUGUGUUACCCUUAGUAGAGAUAUAAGAGAGCACAGUGUCAUGAUCACAUUUUAGAAGCUUCAGCUUUCCCUAGGCUUUGCUAUAUGGCAUAAGCUACUGUCAUUCACAAGGCCAUGAAGUUGUAAAUGUUGAAAAUUUUUGCAGGGUUUCAGAGUCAGAGCUGAUUUGAAUCUUGUUACCCCCUUUUUUGUAACUGUGGAGACUAAGCAGAAUUGAAGCUAGAACGACCUGGUACUACAAGCCUCUAACUAGUGCCCUAUUUAGGCUCCACAUGCCCACCUAUCCCUUCACACCCCCACCAUGACCCCCAAAUCUAGUGUCUUUCCAGAGUUUCAUUCACAUAAUACUUCCAGACCAUUAAAAGCUGUUUGUAGCUCUGGGGUCGAGUGAGCCCAGAGAUACUCUUUCACAGAAGAAAUAUAAAUGGAACCAAGGGCCUUACUGUUUGUGGUUAAACAAGAUUAAAAGCUGCAACAUCCAUUUUUCCAAAAAAAACCCAAAACAAAACAAAAAAACCCAACAAAAAGCCCACCCUAGUAUCCCUCUUUGUGGGAGCGUAUGAGUGAUAAAUCAUGCAGUGGAUGGGAAAUAUAAGUAGCACUGAUAAGGAAAUGCAUGUUCUUCAUAGGCUGCAUUUCUGUUUGGGAAAAAAAAAAAAGACUUUUUCUACUUUUAAUAUAAAUUAAGCCAUAAGAGUUUCAUGCUGUGGGAAGGGAAUGAAAGGGAUCACUUUAAGAGAUUAUAUUGAUAUGUAUUGUCACUUCUGCUGGGAAAUGUCUAUUGCUGCCAAUGCUUUGGUGAAUCUUUUUUUUUUAAAAAACAUGGAAUUUGGGGGAAAAAAAAAAAGGGGCUAGUUCUUGGCUAUAUUUACUAGUUUUGUAGUAAUGUUUUGCUGGCCCAUUUGUCUUUUCCUCUCCUUUUUCUACUCAGUCUAAUUUCUAUCUUUCCUUCUAAUGUCUCUCAAUAUUAGCUUGUCUGCUCAGUAGGGGUCGGUGUAUGUGUGUCUUCCUUUUUACAGAAACGCACUACUGUGUUAAGUAUUUGGCUGGGAAAUGGGAUGCUGCAGCUUUAAGAGCAUUUUUUUCAAUUCAGAACAGUAUUUCCCAUCCUCUUUUGCCUGCAGGCAGGGAAAGUGUAUGUACAGUAUUUAUUUUGUUUUGAUUUUACUUUAAAUUUGUAAGUUUCUAUAAGUAGUUCACAUUGAUUAUUCUAGGGGAGGACAAGUGGCUUUGUUUAAAUUUGUAUUUGAUAUUCAUAGUUUCCACUUUCUGUACUUUAAAAUACUGAAAUUAAAAAAUUGUAUUGCUUAUGUUUUGAUUUUAGCACUCUAAAGUGUUUAAUUUCUUCAGACUUCUGCUCCUUUGCUUCAGUGUAAAUAUGGAAAACUGUACAGAAUGUCGUGAACAGAAAAAUGCUUUUCUAGGUCCAAUCUCUGUGCCCUUAUUGCAUUUUAAAGAAGUUUUCUGGAGAAAUGUGAGAGGGAAUAUUCUCAUACUGUUGUUUUAUUUUUUCAAGCUGCAAAUCUAAUUUCAAUCCAAGUAUAUUAUAUGGCAACUAAAUGCAUUUUGUGAAGAUGUGUAUAUUCUUCACAAAAAAGAAGGUGGAAGUGUUUGUGAUCCAUCAUAUUAGCAGAUGUAGGACUGUAAGAAGGAUGUCAAAUGGUAUUUUCAUGUUCUUGCUCUUGGUUUUUGUUCAAGUUUGUCUCAUGCUACUGAUUACUGACUCAUCUCUUGAUUUCUUUUUUUUUUUUUUUCCUAUUUUAUUUUCCCUUUAAGUGUAUGCAGUUUCUGGAAGAAGAUAUUUCUCUUUCACACUCCUAUGUACUUUGUCAUACUUGCUUUUAUCCUGGAUGACUUCUCUGCUGAUUGCUCCCACCACACGUUAUCUUCUGGUUUACAGUUGUCAGUGCUCCCUAUUUUGACUCCAUAUGGCAGUACAGUGUUUGCCUGUGGGUACUCUGCUCGGGGUAACAGAAGCAUUACUGUGUUGCACUCCAUGCAAUGCAUUUUCUUCUGCUAAUAGUGUUCCAUGCUACUGAACUGCUUCAGCAGUGCUGUGGUGAGCAGAUGCUUAGAUUCCAGUGAUGGUCAUUUUAUGAGAGCCUUAGAUAAAUAGUGCAGCAAUGGCAUUGGAAGAACCAGGUGGCAAAAGGUGUUUGAUUUGAGCAUCCUGUGUAGCUGCUCAAGUUUACUUCUUAGCCUGGCUUGUAGUUUACAGAGAAUUUAUGGUUGACUAUAAUGACUAGGAGAUCUGUUCAUGGACCAGGACUUCAUUAUGCCAGGUGCUUUACAAAGAACAAGAAUGCUGACCUCAUCAAACCAUGUACUGCUUAAGUAUAAGAUUGAAAUAGUUUUUAAAAACCCCAACAAACUAGUAAGUUCUGUGGCCUAAAGUUUAAACAUGGUAGUGGUGUAGAUUUUGGGGGCAGAAACUUCUAUGCUGUUUCAAAAACAAAUUUCAUUUGAGUGGAGUAAGAAAUCAUGAGGAAAAAUCUUAAGUACAGGGGAUGAAGAUUAAAUAUUUAUAUGUCCAGAAAUCUGUUCCUUCUGUAUUUUGACAUGCCAUUACAUCUUUUCAAUUAAUGUGUUAAAACUGAUUUUAAAUUUGGUUAGCCAAAGAUUUGCCAAAGAUCUGAAAGAGCUGUUUGUCUGUCAGAGCAACCACGUAUUUUGAAAAAGUCUUGAUCACUGUGAUUGAAGAACAACGCGACAACCUACGCAUUUCCAUGAGACUCAUCUGGAUUUGUCACGCUGUGCUCACUGCUUAUACUAAUGUUUUGGUCUGAAAGUGAUAGACUCAAGAGAGCGCCUCAGUGGGCCACUAAUAUAAGUUUCAUACCCAUAUAAAAAUCUACAUAAGCACCUUUUCUAUUUGUCCUUUUGGUUUUGCCAGCUACGCUCCAGGGGUUUUCUCUGUGACUGCUGUUUGGUGGGUAAUACGUAGGAUAGUACAUUGGAAAAUCUGUGAAAUAUCUCAAAGUGCUGCUUUAAAUGCUACUGGAUAGCCUUCAGUACCUGGAGCCGUACGUCUAUUAAAAGUUAGAUUUUCUGGUUUUCUGCUUUUCUGUUUGGGGAGCAUGGGGAAAUACUUACCUGUAUUGUUCUUUCCUAAUGGACAGAUGGAUUUUAAAGAUUUCAAGGCCACCAAAUACAGCAAAAGAAUUGAAUUUCUAAAGUCAGGGAAUGGGCAAGAUACCCUUCCUGGUAUUUGAAGACUAAAGUUUUUGGUUUUUUUAAUCAACAGUAUUCUGCUGCAUUUGAAGUAGAGUACCCCCUUGUAAAGUGCCUACAAACUUUGGUUCUGUGUACAUUUACUGAAGUUGAACUCUUUCUCUAGAGGGUUUGUCGUGACCUGCUUAAGUUGUGAAGCUAUUGUGGUGGUGGCUUAUUAGUUAACACGUUAAACCAAACCUUUUCUUGUUUGUUUUGUUUAGAUAUAACUUUGGAUUGAUGAUGGAAGCCUGAGUAGUAGAAUGAAUAUGGUGAAGUCAGUCAUGCUGAUUGUUGGUUUCUAUAGAAACUUUUUUUUCUUUGUACAGAAGUAUUUCUCCUGGGAGCCCUUGACAUUAAGCUUUUACUGCUGGUAAGUAAUGUCAACUGUCUCAAGCCAAAAGUUAAUGAGGACUGAAACUGUAAAACCAGAAUGUUAUUGUUACUCAUUCUGAUAAAACCAGGAAUUUUAAAUGCCUUUGUUUCUACAGGGGCCAAUGACUAAAGUCUUUACCUGCAGAAGAAAUAGCUGGUGAUCAAGACAGUGAAUAAAGUCUCUCAUUGCCAGAGCUCAUAGUAUUCUACCUAACAGCUGGCUAAUAGGACAGUUUGCUUUGUCUAGACUAAGGUCUGAUUUCUCUAAAGUCAGUUAUAUUCAGUCUUUAGAAUUAACUGCUGCAAAUUUUUGCAGAAUUGUGUUUGGCUUAAUAGUUCUAUUUUUCUGUACUAUUCCUGCUGUAUUUGCUUUGGUCUUGGAAAAAAUACUCUACUUUGGAACAUAUAAGUCAACUAAAAGAACAGUAUACAAAGA